UUUUCUGCGCAUGCGCUGCAGCCAUCACUUCCGGCGCUGGGACUGGCACGCCGAAUGAGCCAUCCGCGGUGGCUUUGUUCAUCCGCGAGGUCUGGCGAGGAGCUGUUGCUGGAUCCGGAUAUUCUCUCCGAGACCACACUUGCGGCGGCCACGGAGCCUCUUCGGCGGCUGCCUUUCAGCCGCUGGGUGGCCGGGGAAGAUCCCUGGCACAACUCCGAACCCUUCAGCGCGGACCACCGCGUAUUCGGCAGCUACGGCAGCAUCUGGUCGGUCUUUGCUCUCGCCGACAGCAGGCGCUGGAAGCAGCCCAACGGGGAGCCUGCUUGCCUGGCCUCAAGUGGCUGUGGCCUCACCGUUCGCUUGGCGCGGCUUCUUGCCGAGGUGGACCAGUGGCUUCAAGAGACGCGUGAGAGGCGCGCAACUGAGAUUUUGGCUCUGGCGCAGAUGGCGUGGCCGGCAUCAGAAGGCUCGGGAGCGUCCCGGCCUUGGCUAUUGCAUGAACUGGCGCGCGCCUGGUCAAAGGAUCGGGCCGCCUCUGUGGCAGCGCUGGGGGCCUCGGGGAGGCUCUGCUUGGAGACGUUGCAGGACGGUGCCGUGGAGGCGAUCUCUAGUGGCACCUGGCGAUUGAAGAUGUCUCAUUGCGCCGACGCGCAGCCUGGGGAGGUGCUGACGGCCUGGUUUUUAGGCUCCAGCAACCCUUCCUCAUCCAGCCAUCAAGCACCGGCGAGGCGCUGGUGGCGCGGCUGUGGGAACCAAGGUGCAGUGCACGCACCGCAGCGAGUCGGUCCUGGUGGUCGCCUCGUGGCAACAGUGUUGGGAAUCUCCGGGUGGCAGGCCAAAGAUCAGCCGACCACCUGGGAGGUGGAAGCAUCUCUAUUUGUGGCGCCCAGCACCAGCGCUGAUUCGAGCUGCGUUUUGGUGGACGGCAACCGGCUCUUCCAAACGCAUCCGCAGAGUUAUUUGACCUCAUGGACAUGCACGGCAAGAUCCACUAGCGGAUUCCGGGCUACAGCGCGUAGCCAAGGCGUCGUGUCCUACUCCGGGACGGUGGCCCUGAUACGCUGCGUCUUCGACGCGGCUCCUCCCGAUGAACCCACAGA